AUGACUUCCGAAUUGUGGUUUGGUUUGCACACGGAUGUAGGAGCAUCGUGUGACAUGGUACAAUAUCAGUGGGAUGAUGGAGAACCAUUAGGGAGCUGGUCAGACUGGUAUGUUGGGUCAUAUACGGAGCCUAACUCGUGUUCUUCUGACCUCUGUAUACGCAUAUCGUCAUCAAAAUGGAAGACUAUAAGCUGUAGUAACCAGUAUGGAUUUGUCUGCGAAUAUCUUGGAGGUACAUGUGGCUUUGAAACAGUAACGGACAAAACAUUCACGAGGGGGCCAGACAGCAGCGAUAUCCCGGAUGUUCAAAACAUUUUUACAAGAAUAGAAUCAACAAAUAAUUUAGCAACUUGCUUGGAAGCGUGCCAGAUGUCUUCAAUUGGUAAUCUUGACUGUUGGUUUGUAGUGACCAACAUCAGUAACGCCGAUGUUUGUUACUUGUACUAUACAAGUGACAAAUACCUAGCAGAUAGACCCCAAAAUACAACAGUCACAACGGGCCUCAGCAUUCACGUUAAACGAUGUGGAAACGUUGCUGUAUAUGGCGAAACGACAUCAUCAACAUCGGCAGCAACAACCACGACAACAUGUGUUGCACUGACAACAGUUGAGGCGUCAACUACAUCGACCACACAGCCAACAACUACACUAACAACCACACAACAACACACAUCUUCUGUCCUUACUACAACUGUAGGUGUUCAAACAACGAACAGCGUAGAGUGUUUGAAAUACAGCAAUCAGACGAUAACAUACACAUUCGCUGAACUUCAGGAACAGGUGAAGAAACUCAAAGCUGAGCUCAUGGUGAUAAAAAACAGUACAAAUAGAUACAUGAGAACGCUCAUCAGCGUUUAUGAUGGUCGAGCAAGCGCUGUCAGCGUGGGUGUUAUAGGCGCUUUCUUCCUCGGUGUCAUUCCUGUACUCUUCUUUAUUGCUGACAUGCCAGUACUGUACAGACAUAGCACGGGACGAUGGGGCGAUUGUAGCAACCAGAAUAAUUGUGAUGGAAUUUGA